AUGGAGCUCAACAUACUAGAGCGUGUAGUAGCUGGAAGUGAGGAACCGAGCCAUCUAGAUUUGUCACUUCUACAAAGCAUCACAGAAAAUUUCUCUAAGCAGAGAAAAAUUGGUGUUGGUGGAUGUGGAGAGGUUUACAAGGGCAUCCUUCGAAAUGGAAUUGUUGCUGUGAAAAGGCUUUUCAACAGCCGAACAAUUAAAAACAAGAUGUUCCAUCGGGAGGUUCAAAGUUUGAUCACGGUUAGGCAUGAAAAUAUAGUACGUUUUCUGGGUUAUUGUUCUUUUACAGAAGAACGCGUAUUUACAUAUGAAGGAAGAACAAUUAUGGCCGAUAUACGGGAAAGAUUGCUCUGUUUUGAGUACAUAAGCAACGGAAGCCUUGAGAACUAUCUUACAGACGAAUUGAGGGGACUUGAAUGGCAUACUCGUUAUGAAAUUAUUGUGGGGAUCUGCAAGGGUUUGCUCUAUCUUCACAAGGACAAGAAUAUCGUCCACAUGGAUCUCAAACUAGCCAAUAUACUACUAGAUGAUCUCAUGGUGCCCAAAAUUACAGAUUUUGGUCUAUCUAGACUUGACAACAAUUCACAAGAAGUGACCACAUCACGUCUUUUUUCACCAGUAUAUUGUGCUCCAGAAUACUCUAGAGAAGGCAAAUCGUCCAGCAAGUCAGAUAUAUAUAGUUUGGGAGUACUGGUCAUAGAGCUGGUGACAGGAAGUAAAAAUGAGCCUGAUCUUACUAAAGUACUUCGAAGAUGGAGGUACAGGUGGAUUAAAUCAUCGAAGCAUACACCCUUGGGUUAUCAACAAGUGACAAAAUGCCUCGAGCUGGCCCAAAGAUGCAUCCAAAUUAACCUGACAACCAGACCUGACAUAGUAUACGUAAUGGAUGAGCUCAACACAGUAGAUAGUAAGGGUGGCCAAUUCCAGGAAAUCCCUUGCCUGGAGGACAUGCUUGGGAUUGAGCCGCUGGAAAUACACUUCCCCUUUAAACUUGACCCGCAGAUAUCACACUCAAUUGAGCUGACCAACGAUACGGAUGAUUACAUUGCCUUCAUGACAAAGGCAAGGUCACGCCGCUUCCGCAUAGAGCCAGAGAAGGGCAUUGUCCCACCAGGAUCCAAGUGCAGUGUCACCGUAACAGCGCAGGCACAGGUCAAUGCACUGCCAAAUAAUCACCACAAGGAGGAGAUCACCGUGCUGAGCACCAGAGUAGAUGGAGGUCUUGCAGGUAUGGAUAUAACAGGAGACGUGUUCAUUGAGAAGGAGGGUAAUGUGGUUGAUGAGGUGAAUGUGAUGGUUGUUUUUGACAGACCACCACUGGCUGAUGAGGAAUCCUGA